CCGUCAGUUGGCAGCACUCGUAUCAAUGCUCGUGUCUGCCGGCCGGAAUUUAUCAAUUGCUUUUCGUUAUCGCAGCUUAGCAACUACCUGCGCCCGAAUGGCAAGCGAGGUGGAUAAGGCGCAAAGCGCCACGGCAUCUGAAGACACUAUUUUUGGAAAGAUUUUACGCAAGGAGAUUCCAUGCAAAUUUAUCUACGAAGACGACAAAUGUGUGGCAUUUAAUGAUGUUUCGCCACAGGCACCAACUCAUUUUCUGGUCAUACCUCGCAAGCCAAUUGCGCAGCUUUCGCUGGCCGAGGAUGGAGACGCUGAGCUUUUGGGCCACUUGAUGCUGGUGGGUCGCAAAGUGGCCAAGGAAGUGGGCCUGGAGAAGGGCUACCGAGUGGUAAUCAAUAAUGGGCAGCAUGGCGCCCAGUCCGUUUACCAUUUACAUUUGCACUUCCUCGGCGGUCGCCAGAUGCAAUGGCCACCUGGCUAAUAUAUUAAUAUAAUAUAAAAGUAAAUAACAAUUUA